AUGGCACGCCGGGACAGAUCGUACUCCCCGGAUACUUCUAAUAAGAGGGCCUCCCAGAUCGAGGCCCCAUCAGAAGCUAAGGCAGAAAAGGCAGAGACUCCACCCAUCGAGGACGAGAAGGUUAAGUCGAGGAAGGUGAAACUGGAAGCAUGGAAGAAGGAGCGGGAGGCAAAGAAGGCCUUAGAUGAGGCCAAGGCCAAGGCUAUGGCGUUGGCGGGGAAGUCUGCUGCUGUUAACGCAGCAAGUCCAUCAAAGGCGACCGUUCAGCUCAAUCGUCCCGCCCUUGGCGCUCUCGGGCUGAAAGGCCUCCAGCUGAAGCCCGACUUGCUCAAAACAUCGAAGUUAUCAACGACCGCUGCUUUGGACGACUCUGUAGAAACGACACGUAAACUCGAAGCAUUAGAUCUUCCUGAAGUCGAUAUGUCCAUGGUAGAUGGACAAGCAAGUGUAGGCGAUCUCGAGGUGGAUGACGAGGAGGAGGAGGCAGGCGCCGCUGCACAAUCGAAAGGCAACGACGUCAUGGACGAGGACGAGGACGAGAUUGACCCGCUCGACGCAUUCAUGAGCGGUGUAAAGGAGGAGGUGAAGAAGGUGAAUCUAGAAGAUAUGAAGAGAAUGAAGGCUAAUGGCGGGGAUCAUGUACGCCUCGAUACCACUGUGGCGGAAGAUGGCAUCGACGAAGCAGAGGGCUUCGAGGUGGACGAGUUGGACGCCACUGAACUCAAUCCAGAAGACAUCUUGGCUUUGGCUGCGAAAAAGGCCAAAAAGAAGGAUCUUGCUACCGUUGACCACUCCCGCAUAGCUUAUGAUCCCUUUCGCAAGGAGUUCUACAAUGCCCCUCCCGACAUUGCCGUAAUGACUGACGAAGAAGCUGAUUUACUUCGACUGGAGUUAGACGGCAUAAAAAUCAGAGGUGUUGAAUGUCCUCGGCCUGUCACCAAAUGGAGUCAUUUCGGUCUCCCGGCAAGCUGUUUGGAUGUUAUCAAAAGGUUAAAUUAUACGGCCCCUACUCCCAUCCAGGCGCAAGCGAUUCCAGCAAUCAUGUCGGGGCGGGAUGUCAUUGGUGUAGCCAAGACUGGUUCAGGCAAGACAAUCGCUUUCUUACUUCCCCUCUUCCGACACAUCAAGGAUCAACGACCUCUUGAGCAGAUGGAAGGCCCUAUGGCCGUGGUCAUGACUCCGACCAGAGAGCUCGCUGUGCAGAUACACAGGGAAUGCAAACCGUUCUUACGAGUGCUCAAUUUGCGGGCUGUCUGCGCUUAUGGAGGAUCCCCAAUCAAGGAUCAGAUCGCAGAGAUGAAGAAAGGCGCAGAAAUUAUCGUUUGCACCCCUGGACGCAUGAUCGAUUUGCUCACUGCCAACUCAGGUCGCGUCACCAAUCUCAAGCGCGUGACAUACCUCGUACUUGACGAAGCUGACCGGAUGUUCGACAUGGGUUUCGAGCCUCAGGUGAUGAAGAUCGUGAACAACAUCCGGCCCGAUCGCCAGACAGUCCUCUUUUCUGCCACAUUCCCGAGACAGAUGGAUUCCUUGGCUCGCAAAAUUUUGCACAAGCCUCUCGAAAUCACCGUCGGAGGCAGAUCCGUUGUCGCUGCAGAGAUAGACCAGAUUGUUGAGGUGCGGGAAGAAGAUAGCAAGUUCAACCGGCUAUUAGAGAUCCUCGGGCAGACGUACAAUGAAGACCCCGAAUGCCGCACGCUGAUUUUCGUAGACAGACAGGAAGCUGCGGACAACCUUUUGCGGGAACUCAUGCGGAAGGGCUACCUGUGCAUGUCUCUGCACGGUGGCAAAGACCAAGUGGAUCGUGAUUCGACAAUUGCUGACUUCAAGGCUGGCGUUGUUCCUAUCGUCAUUGCAACCUCCGUCGCCGCAAGAGGUCUUGACGUGAAGCAACUCAAGCUCGUGAUAAACUACGACGCGCCGAACCACAUGGAGGACUACGUCCACCGUGCUGGGAGAACAGGGCGAGCAGGGAACAAGGGAACAUGUGUCACGUUCAUCACUCCAGAACAAGAUAGGUACUCUGUGGAUAUCUUCAGAGCGCUGAAAGCUAGUGAUGCGACUGUUCCCAAGGAAUUGGAAGACUUGGCCAAUGGUUUUCUUGAGAAAGUCAAGUCUGGCAAGGCCAAGGUUGCAGGCUCUGGCUUUGGUGGGAAAGGUCUCGACCGACUUGACCAAGAGCGCGACGCGAAAGAGAAGGCUGAACGCAAGGCUUACGGCGAACCCGAGGAAGAGAAGGUUGAAGAGCCUGCUAAGGUUGUCACGCAAACCGACGACAUGAACUUCGGCUCAUUCAAAGUUGAAGUCAGGCGCGGUCCUGCGCCCGACUCUUCUAAAGGCCAACUCGGCGUCGCCGGCGCUGCAGCCGCGGCCAGACGUCUUGCUCAGGCAAAGGAAGAAGAGAAGCUCCAGAAUUCCUUGCGCGAGGCAGAAGCGGCCGCGGCCCGAGCGGGCAAGGACACCGCUGCGCACAAGCAGGCGCUUAGUGUGGUCGCGAAACUCAAUGCUCAACUCAGAGCGCACAAGCUUGUCGCGCAAUCGCAAUUGCAGCACGAAGACCUCUCCGGAAAGAAGACGACCGACGCGACCGAGUUCCACGCGAUUAUACCCAUCAACGACUACCCGCAGAAGGCAAGAUGGCGAGUCACGAACAAGGAGACUAUGGUGCAGCUAAUCGAUAUGACGGGCGCUUCUGUUACCAACAAGGGUAUCUAUUACGACUCGGGUAAGGAGCCUCCCCUGGAGGGACCGCCGAAGCUGCACCUGCUGAUCGAGUCCAACGAAGAGUGGAGGGUGGAGCAAGCAGUGCGGGAGAUCAAGCGGCUGCUGGUGGAAGCGUCUGCAGCAGCAUUGCAGGCGGAAAUGCGGAAUCCCACAGCUACUGCUGGUAGAUAUAGUGUUGUGUGA